GUGGGAAACCUAGCCCUGGACAGGCCACAUGGCUUUGUGAUGGUAAUGAUGGGCUAUAAAUACAGAGUUCCUUCAGAGAGGGCUCCCACUUCUCACUCGACUGCCAGAGAGAACAGGCCUCCUCACAGAAGACAUGGCACCUUACACAGCCACCCAUUCGCCUACAUAUGACAGCCUGGGCUGUUCUGACAAGGAGAGAAUAAAAUUAAGGAAACCUUUGGUGGAGAAGAUGCGCCGAGAUCGUAUCAACAGCUGCAUAGACCAGCUCAAGUCUCUGCUGGAGAAGGAGUUCCACAGCCAAGAUCCAAACGCCAAGCUGGAGAAGGCCGACAUCCUGGAGAUGACGGUCAGCUUCCUGAAGCAGCAGGCUGGGCCGGUGCUGAGCCAGAGGGACUUUAACCAGGGCUACUCCAAGUGCUGGAGGGACUCUGUGCAGUUCCUCCGAGUCAGCUCCAGCAGAGGAGCGCCCUUCAGGGACCAUCACAGCCCUCAGAGAGCCCCCCAGGACCUCACCUCUUCAAAUUCCUCCUCUUCCUCCUCCUUCUCGUCCCUCUCAUCUCCUGUCAUCACUACACAGACCUCCGUCGGUGUCCUCCACCAUGCUGGGAGCAAGAGGCCUGUUUGGAGGCCAUGGCAGUGAUGCCUGAGUAGCACAUGGGACUAAACUUGAGCGAUGCUGUGUCUCUCAAAAGUGUUGGAUAUGUUUUAAUUCCACUGCUGUAAUUUGUAGUUAUUGUUUUUCAUCACAUUGAUGGACAAAUGCUAGAGACAGACCCUUACAAUGUUUUUUGAGGAGUCUUGUGUACAUUC